AUGACCGUGGUUGCACUCGUGACCUUCGACUAUACCAAAUAUCAGAGAUGGUGGUUAGAUACAAGCCCAUCGAACACGGAUCUACACAAUACUAUACUGAAAACACCAUUGGCGGAUUGGUGGGUUGGCGGUUUUAGUAAGAUGACAAUCCCACGGGAAUGUGGCUUCUCAUCGUUGGCAGUGGAAAAAAAUACAGGCUUUUCAGCCGCUAUUUCAGCCGCGGAACAUGGUGUGAGAAAGGUAGUUUUGUUCGAAAAGGUCCUGAGGAGUGGUAGUGCAUCCCGAACGGUCCACGGUGGCCUGGAUGAUAUCCUUCCGAUUGUGAAUAAUGUUGACAGUGAGAAAACGGGUAUCAUAGAUAUGAAGCCAGACACACAGUCAAGGACUUUACGGAUGACCGAUGGACGGACAGACCAGGACAUGUCUAACAUUUCAACUAUCCUUCAACCGACAAUCUUACAAGGUCGACAGGCGUUGCAAAUGUUGGGACUGUGGCAAGACUACCAUGCUGCUGCACAACCUAGCAACGUCGCCGUUUUUUAUCCAGCCUCUUUGAAGAGAUUGAUUCCCAACCCUACCACCGGUAGGCCUUCAGGGGCAGUCGUUGAACAUAACGGCAGCAAAGCAGCUAUAAAAUCCAAAUCCAUGAUACUAGCUGCUGGUGGAUUUAAAGCAAACCCACAGAUGCGUUCAAAGUAUCUAGGACGCCCCUAUUCUCCAAGUGGUCGUGAAUUUUCAAAUCAAUUCACCAAGUCUGGCUAUCCCCUUGGACUAAGGAUCAACUCAGAAAGAGAACGGUUUGUAGAUGAGGGUAUGGAUAUGAGAGAUCUCACAUAUGCUAAAUUUGGUAGAGCUAUCCUUGCACUGCCAGGUCAUAUCGUCUUUCAGGUUUGGAGCCGGCAGGUGAUUCCAUGGCUACAAGACGAGGAAUACCGCCCAGAGAUUUUUGAGCAUAUUACUGCCCCGUCAAUCUCCGAACUUGCUGAAAAAUGUUCACGUCACCUUCAGGAGACACCCGGCGCUAAACGGAAUCCGGCAAUUAACGAUGGACUAUCUACGCAAUCCCAAGCUGGUAGCUUAUCUCUUCCCAAAUCUAACUAG